AAACGUGGAGUGGGAUGUCACGAAAUUGUUCGCAAAGAGGAACAACGUUUUCUACAACGGUGUUCCGUACCCGGACGUGACCUUCGUCAUCCACAUGACCCGCCGACCCACGUUCUACGUCAUCAACAUGCUGGUGCCCCGCGCCCUGCUGGCCCUUGUGGUGGGGGCGACCUUCUACCUGCCGCCAGACUGCGGGGAGAAGAUCUCGUUCGGCGUGUCGGUGCUGCUGUCCUUGACGGUGUUCCAGCUGCUAGUCGCGGAGGCGGUGCCGCAGUCAGAAAGCGUCCCCGCAGUAGGUCGGUUCAUCAUCGUGUCCCUGACGCUCAUGACGCUCUCCCUGCUAGCCACUUCGUUCGUCAUCACCUUGGGAGACUCUGGUCAGGAGAACCGCCCGGUGCCUGGAUGGGCGCGGAAAGUGUUUCUCAAGUACGCCUCUAGAGCACUGCUGAUGGGCGACCAGUCCGGACACAACGGGGACGAGCUUUGGCACCGGUACAACGCCCCACCCGAGCACAUGCAAAACAACGGUAACCGCGAGGUAGACGGGAGCGACAUACACUCUGGUACCGAACGGAGAUCGAGACUUGACUUGCCAGCUAGAUCACUCAGAGAGAGUCAGUCAUACGUGGAAUACCUGCUGGAAAUGAAAGGCGCGGUUGAAGAAAUCUCCGCGUACAUGAAGAAGUUGGAUACGGAAAAAAACAUCCACAACGACUGGAAGACGUUAGCGAUAGUGGUGGACAGGAUCUUUCUCGUUCUGUACCUGGUAGCCUGUGUCGUCGCCCUUCUGGCGACCUUGCUGAACGUUAAGGCGGGAAGGCCUCCGCCAGGGAGUCAUGGAGACGGCAUAUCAUAG